GUUUAUGAAUAGUGAUUUAAUUAUGAUAUCUAUUUGCUAAUCUUCACAAUUUAUCUAUUUUUUUUCCAACUGAGUUAACGGCACCGUCUAAUGUCAUCGCAAUGGUCUCUCAUUGAAAACAUUUCGUGACAAGAUAGCAGCGGUGAAAUAACGCGUUAGAAAGGUGCGUAAAUAUACGUACACACAAGGGUGAUUAAACUUUGCUGGGAUGCGAUACCACAAGGAAAAGACUCCGGCAGUAUAAAAGGGGCUGCAUUCUGUCUAGACUGCAUCAGUUUCAAUUGCAAAUCGACCAUUGCUGCACAUAAUACUAGCAACUAGCAACAUGAAAUUCUUCGUGGUUCUUAUUAUUAUCGUUUUAAUAUCUCCCUUAUAUGCCCAAUCUGAAGAAAAAGAUAUCGAGAAGAGAGGCAUUUAUGGUUUGGGAGGGGCUUAUGGAUUAAGCAGUAUAUCGUACAGAGUUCCAGUAGUCCACACUUUACCUAUUAUCAGUGGAUAUAGAGGAUAUGGCCUUGGAAGUUAUGGAUACGGUCUUGGAUAUGGAGGAUACGGGAAUUAUUUUGGAUGGUGAAAAAUAAAAACAAUAUUAUAAUAUACUUUAACAAUGCAGCUUUACUUUGUGGUAUUAUACUUUUUUA